ACUAGCUAGACCUAUUAAUCGAUUGCCGAACCACGACAACGUGAAGCAGAAAUGGAGCAAUCGGUUGGUUCACUGCAGGAACAAGCAUUAAAAAGGAAAGAAAGACUUAAAGCUUUGAGAGGUCGACAACUUCAAGUGAGAGAUGGAGAGGAAGGGGAGCCAGACAGGAAGAAGGAGCGGGCUGAGGAGGAAGCUGAAGAGGAGCGACACAGAGAGCUGAAGCUGAGGAACUACACCCCAGAGGAUGAAGAGCUGAAGGAGAGACAGGUGCCCAAGGCCAAACCUGCUUCAGUGGAGGAUAAAGUGAAGGACCAGCUAGAGGCAGCUAAACCAGAGUCUGUCAUUGAAGAAGUGGAUUUGGCCAACCUAGCCCCCAGGAAACCUGACUGGGAUUUGAAGAGAGACGUGGCGAAGAAGCUGGAGAAGCUUGAGAGGAGAACCCAGAAGGCCAUCGCUGAACUUAUCCGUGACCGUCUGAAAGGCAGUGAGGAGGAGCUGGCUGGAGCGGUGGGGGCCAUAGGGGUGACAGCAGAGGGGGACUCGGACUGACCCCUUAAUCCAGAGACACACGGCAAUCCUGGAUCUGACCCUACCAAUGUGUCUGUUCCUGUUCUGUACAGCUGAAUAUUUGUUGUGGGAAUCAGAGACAGUUGGUUUCAGUAGCUGUUGAAGCUACUGGGGAGUGAAUAUGCCAGUUAGAUAUGUCACCUUAAUGACUUCUGAACUCUAGUCCUAGUAUGCGUCACAAAUGGCACCCUAGGGUGCCAUUUGGGAUGCAGACCCUGUGUGAAAGUCCGACCAGACUGUUUCAGUGUAGUGCUAGCUAGAGGAUCAUUGGGGACUGUUGUAUUGUAUAGAGCUGUUGUAAGGAUCGUCUGCUGUUCAUGCAUCUUUAUAAUGAUAUUUUUCCAGUAAAAUGAUUUGGAUUUUCCCAACGUU